CCAUCAUUUCCAUAUGAUCAAGACAGCUUCUUAUGUCGACUACUGAACCCUGCUUGACUCAAGACCUGGUGAGUCACCAAAAGCCGACGAGUACACCAAGCCCCAAACCCCGCGCAGAAGCCCACAACUCAAGCACACAAUGGCCGACACACAACAACCGCACUCCGAACCCAGCGACUCCGACUCUUUCGAAGAAAGUCCCCUUGCCAGCAUAUCCCCCGAAGAAAUCACGGUCGCGAUCUUCUGCGCCCUCCCGCUAGAGUCAGUAGCCGUGCGCUACACCCUCGACGAAGAAUUCCACUGCCGCCCGCGAUACAACCCGCAAACCAAAUACCUCUUCAGCUACGGGCGCAUCGGCGAGCACAAGGUCGUGCUCGCGCGGCCGCACCAGAUCGGCCCCGUCAAGGCGGCCCUCUGCGCCGCGGCGGUGAGCCAUCAAUUCCCGAGCGUGCGAUUCGCACUGAUGGUGGGCAUCGGGGCGGGGAUUCCCGGCAAGCGGGAUAUCCGGUUGGGGGAUGUUGCGGUCGGGCUGCCGAGGGAGAAUCAUCCGGGGGUGAUGGAGUAUGAUCUGGGCGAGGAAGAUGGCGGUACAUUUGUAUUGAAGGGGGUCUUCAACAAGCCCCACCCGCUACUGGUCAGCGCGGAUGGGUGCCUGGAGGAGGAGGAGAUCAUGGGGCGGAGUCCGCUCCGGAGGAUUUUGAGGUCCGUCACCAGGAAGCCCGGGUAUGGGCGCCCCGACGCCGCUGCAUCCGAUGUCCUUUACGAUCCGACCUUUCACCAUGUUAACACGGGGGCGGAUUGCCGCGGGUGUGAGGGGUCCUCGGAACGCAAGGUGGUCGCCCGCGGAGUGCGGGACGCGAAACCGAAGUACCCGGUCGUACAUCGGGGCCUGAUUCUGUCCGGUGGUGGGGUGGUGAAAAGCCCCGAGCAUCGAGACCGUCUCCGCCGCGGCUAUGAGGACGCCAUUUGCUACGAGAUGGAGGCCGCCGGCAUCGUGGACGAGAUCCCCUGCCUCGUGAUCCGCGGGAUUUGUGACUACGCGGAUACGCACAAGCAGGACGGGUGGCAUCGGUACGCGGCAGCGGUGGCAGCGGCGUACUGCAAGGCGGUGCUGUGCAAGAUUGAUGGUCCGGAUGAGCCGGAGGCUGCAAUAGAGCAAAGCACGGGCGAUGCGAUCGGGAAGUGUGACUUCACAAUGUCGCGCCACCACCCCCAGUCAGGCAAUUUGCCCGGUCGCUUGCUGCCGACUUCGGACGUUACCUCAAGCUCACUGUGCCAGGACAUCACAAGACCGCGUGGACUGGCGCAUUGGUUUGAUAUGUGACUCAGCUGGACUCCAGAAACUGGGACUUGGGUGUGCAUCAGUGACCGAGGCCGCAUAGGGUAAAGGGUACAGGGGCUAGGACCCUUUUCCUGUUAGUGCCUAUAGGUUAGUGUACUGGACAUAGUCACUAGUGGCCAGGGCGGAGAUUACACGGGCUUGGUCUCUGAUUAACCGAGAUUAUAGUUUAACCAGGGGCAGGGUUCCGUAAAUGCUACUUGCUUAGUGCUGACUGCGAUGUAUUG